ACAAAAUGGGAUGAACACGACAACCAAACCCGCCUGGCUGAACGUAUCAGCAGCGUGAACAGAUGGAAAGAGACCCUGGACAAAUGCCUUGCAGACAUAGACACGGAAAUCGAUGCCUUAGCCAAAGUGAAAGAAGCAGCGGAAUGCGCUCUCCAGGCGAAGAACUUGCCUUUGGACGUUUCCAUUGAGUGCCUGACGCUCCGCGAGAGCCGCCGCGCCAUCGACGUGGUGAGGGACCCUGUGGAGGACGAGCUGCACAAGGAGGUGAAGGUGAUAGAGAAAGCGAAGAGAGAACUGCAGCAGAGAGUGAACGAAGCCUUCAAAGAGCUCUGCCUCUUGGAGGAAGCUCGCCAGCAGCUGAGCUGCGACCACCGGCGCAAGAUGGAAGCGUUGGAAAUAGAUCGUGUGUGCUUAUCCCUCAACGUGAACUCUCCCAACAUCUCCUUCAAGGUCAACCCAACACGGGUCCCAGACAGAACAACUGCACUUGGCGAGUGGGAACAGAAUAGCCAGAGUACCAAGGACCAAGCUGAGGCAGAAAUGAAAGCCUCGACUGCGCUCCGAGAAGCAACAGUGCUCACCAUUGCGCAGACUAACAACGACCUGGAGGCUCAGCGUGUAGCUACCGAGUUUGCCCUGCGCAAGAGGAUUCGAGACCUGGAAAGAGCCUAUGAUGAGCUGAAGUGGCAGGAGCAAAAUACCUUGGAGGAAAUUGCUGAGAUGGAGGAAGACAUCCGACAUUUGGAGGAAGAUCUUCGAAGGAAAACGAAAGAUCUGAAAGUGGCCCACACCCGCCUGGAGACCCGCACGUACCGGCCCGGGAUGGAGCGCUGCCGGGAUCAGGUCCAGUACGGGCUGACAGACGAGGUCCACCAGCUGGAGGGGACCAUCCGUGCGCUCAAACUGAAGCUGGCAGAGUUGCAGGAUGCCUUGGACGCUCUUUACAGACAGCUUCACCGCCUUCAGACAGAUAUUGGCUACAAAGCCAAUUCCCUGAUGCUGGACAACAAGUGCAUGGACAGCCGGAGAAAGCUGGUGGUUCCUGCCGAGAAAUUUGUGCCAGAGGUCGACACUUUCAACCGGACCACGAACCGUCCGCUCUCCCCGCUGAAGAACGGGCAGCUGGAGCUGGCUUAG